AUGAGCAAUACUAAUGAUGCUCAUAAAAAAAGUACAAGUGUUCUAGAAAAACUUGGACAAAAAAUCUCAAAUAUUAAAGAAGAUAUUGCUGAUAAUAUCGAACGUCGUAAGCAUUCUCAUAGUAAUCUUAAUACUAAUCAAAUGCAUUUUACAACACGAACCAAUACGACAGAUGACUCAUUAGUCAUUGAAAAGAAACCUCCAAUACCAUCUGAAAGUCAAUCGAGUAAGAAAUAUGGCGAUGAUAAUUCAAAUACAGAACAUACAUAUUCAAUAUCACGAUUGGCAAUGAGUUUUGGGAAAAAGCAAACAAAUGAUACAUUAAUUGCUGCAACAGCUGGCAUGGUUCAUAAUGAUUCAUUUCGUUCAUCACAAGAUAUAUUUUCAACAGUUAAUUCUGAACAAGCGAAAGAUAUGAUAAUGAGUGAUGUACGCCAUGAACUUUAUCGAAGUCAAAGUCGAGCACCAAGUGAAUGUGCUUUAGAAGACAAUGUUGUAUAUAAAAUAGACUCUAAUGAUACGACAACAAAACCUACAGCUGUACGUGUUGAUCAAAAUGUACGAAAGUCAACAAUGUUAUUAGCUGGACCGAAAUUUCGUUAUCAUACUGUUGAACCUGAAACACAAUUAAUGCGAGAUACAAUAUAUCCAGUUUCGAGUGUUGUUGGAUUUUUUACAUUAUUCAUAACAUUAUGGAAACCAAUCUCAUCAUUUUUUAGUGGAUUUUUGGUUGGUUUUAUGAUAAUGAUAGCUAUUGCUUAUAUUAUAAUACGAAUGUAUACAUCUGCUAAAGCUGAUGAAAGUGUUGUUCAUGAAUGGAUUGAUUUUCCUGAAUUAGAAAAAUAUCAUACAGACAAAAUACCUAAAGAAGAUAAACACACAACUUUACAUACAUGUGGAGAAAUUAUUUUUGGUCGAUAUGAUGCUGAUCGUGAUGAUGAUUAUGUUCGUUAUCCAGUUGUCAUUUGUCUUGAUAAUUAUCAUUUUACUAUUCAAUUACCAACAAAAGCUAAAGAAGAAGAAAAUAAAGAUAAAGAAAUCAGAUUUGUUGGACAUCGAGAAUAUUUUAUCAAAGGUAAAGAAUAA